UUGUUUAUUUUUCAGUGUCAGCAAAUUGGACAAUGGCAGUUGAGUGGGUUUUGAAAAUGUCUGAAGUUUAGUGGGCCGCAUCUACCUUCCGCUUUUGCCCUACCAUUUACAAAAGAAUAAAUGGGAUGUUUGAGAAGACAGCUCUAUUAAAAGAAGAGUGUUGCAAAUGGCUUCAGAUUCUAUGAAUACAAAAUACCCUAGGAAUCACUUCACUAAGGGGAAAAGGCAGCAGCACCAGCAAACAAAGACUAGGUCUUCCAUCAGUGAUGGCGAUGGCGACGACUCCUUUAUCUUUGAAGCACAGGAAGCUUGGAAAGAUUUUCAUGGAUCUCUUCUUCGGUUUUAUGAAAAUGGAGAACUCUGUGAUGUCACACUAAAGGUUGGCUCAAAGUUAAUCUCUUGUCACAAACUGGUAUUGGCUUGCGUUAUUCCCUACUUCAGAGCCAUGUUUCUCUCUGAAAUGGCUGAAGCCAAGCAGACAGUGAUUGAGAUUAGAGAUUUUGAUGGCGAUGCAAUAGAAGACCUGGUAAAGUUUGUCUAUUCUUCACGGCUCACUCUGACUGUUGACAACGUCCAGCCUCUCUUAUAUGCAGCCUGCAUUCUGCAGGUGGAACUGGUGGCUAGAGCUUGCUGUGAAUACAUGAAGUUACAUUUUCAUCCCUCCAAUUGCUUGGCGGUAAGAGCCUUUGCGGAAAGUCACAAUCGAAUAGACUUGAUGGACAUGGCGGAUCAGUAUGCCUGUGAGCACUUUACUGAAGUAGUGGAGUGUGAAGACUUUGUAAGUGUGUCACCCCAGCAUCUCCAUAAGCUUUUGUCCUCCAGUGAUCUAAAUAUUGAGAAUGAAAAACAGGUCUAUAAUGCAGCCAUCAAGUGGCUUCUUGCCAAUCCUCAGCAUCAUUCCAAAUGGUUGGAUGAAACGCUUGCACAGGUUCGUUUGCCGCUGUUGCCGGUGGAUUUCCUUAUGGGUGUUGUGGCAAAAGAACAGAUUGUCAAGCAAAAUCUAAAAUGUAGAGAUUUAUUGGAUGAAGCAAGAAAUUACCACCUUCACUUGAGUAGCAGAGCAGUACCUGACUUUGAAUACUCUGUUCGGACUACACCAAGGAAGCAUACUGCUGGUGUGCUGUUUUGUGUGGGUGGUCGAGGUGGAUCUGGUGACCCUUUUCGCAGUAUUGAAUGCUAUUCUAUCAACAAAAACAGUUGGUUCUUUGGACCAGAAAUGAAUAGUCGAAGGCGACACGUGGGUGUAAUCUCGGUGGAAGGUAAAGUGUAUGCUGUGGGUGGACAUGAUGGAAAUGAGCAUUUAGGUAGCAUGGAGAUGUUUGACCCUCUCAAUAAUAAAUGGAUGAUGAAGGCAUCAAUGAACACAAAGAGGCGAGGAAUUGCCUUAGCCUCCUUAGGAGGCCCAAUUUAUGCAAUUGGAGGGCUAGAUGACAACACUUGCUUCAACUACGUGGAGAGAUAUGACAUAGAAUGUGAUCAAUGGAGUACAGUGGCACCAAUGAUUACUCCCCGUGGAGGAGUUGGCUCUGUGGCUCUAGUAAACCACGUUUAUGCAGUAGGUGGCAAUGACGGAGUAGCUUCUCUAUCUAGUGUGGAGAGAUAUGAUCCACAUCUGGAUAAGUGGAUAGAACUUAAAGAGAUGGGUCAACGAAGAGCAGGCAAUGGAGUCAGUGAUCUCCAUGGUUGUUUAUAUGUUGUUGGUGGUUUUGAUGAUAAUUCUCCUCUGAGUUCGGUUGAGCGGUAUGACCCUCGAAGCAACAAGUGGGAUUAUGUAGCAGCACUUACCACUCCCAGGGGUGGAGUGGGGAUCGCAACAGUGAUGGGCAAAAUCUUUGCAGUUGGUGGUCAUAAUGGCAAUGCAUACUUAAAUACAGUGGAAGCAUUUGAUCCAGUGCUGAAUAGGUGGGAGCUUGUUGGAUCUGUGUCUCAUUGCAGAGCUGGAGCAGGUGUAGCUGUGUGUGCCUGUUUAACUAGCCAAAUUCGAGAUGUAGGUCAUGGAUCCAAUAAUGUGGUUGACUGCAUGUGAUUUGAGUUCCAGUCAUCAACAAUUUCAUCAUAUCUGAUAGUCAGGAAAAAUGACCAGGAUUUUGUAUGACCCUCUUUGAACAGUUUUAACUACUGCUAGAGUCUUAAUGAAAUGUAAACUGUUGUAUUGUGACGAAGUGCAACUUUUGGGAUAGUAGCUAAAGAAUUAUUAGUAAUAACGUUAAAUUUGAUACUUCCCACUUAGAGAUGGUAAACUAUGACUGAAUUCUUACCAGUUUUUGAGCAGGGAAGAAAGACAUUCUAACCUGAAACCAUACCUUCCCUGAAAAAUGUUUAAAGUAGUGCCAAAUGUUGAAAUCCCUAUUUAAAAAAGUGUGGACAAAUCAAAAUGUAAGUCAUUUGCUGAGUUUUUUUUUUUGGCCUAAAGGUAUUAACCUUAGGCAGUGGGCUUUUCCUAGAGGGGAGAUUAGACUCUGUUCAUCAACACCAGGACAUCAGGACACGGAAGAGACCUUUUUUUUUUUUUUUAAAUUCUUUAUUAGUUAAGGUAUUACAAAUGUUUCCUUACCCCCCCCAUUAACCCCCC